CACUCAUAAAAUAUAUAAAGUCAUAAUACAAUAAAAACGAAUAAAUCCCACUUUGGAUCAAAUCAAACCUGUAAAGAAUAUUUGUAUAUAACCAUCCACUAACUUUGCUACCUCUCCUCUGUUUCUCCCCUGUUUUCACUCUGUUUCAAAACAGAGCAAAGAGACAAGGCACUACCAUCACCACCAUUAAGAAUGGAUCCACCACCAACACAGCCACCAGCAAUGCCACCACAUCCAUCCACCAUGGCUCCCACCACUGUCAUGGCUGCCACUGCCACAUCAAUUCAAACAAACAACCCUGACUCGGUUGAAUCCUCGCCGCGCUGUCGUAUCGGUGAAACAUGGAAUGAUGAGCUUAUUGUGCCGGUCCCAGGCGCCAAGCUCCGCCUCAUGUGCAGCUACGGUGGCCACAUCAUGCCACGCCCCCAUGAUAAGUCCCUCAGUUACAUAGGUGGUGACACUAGAAUUGUGGUGGUGGAUCGCAAUUCAACCCUAAAGGACCUCUGUUUGCGCCUUUCCCGCACUUUACUCAAUGGAAGACCCUUCACACUCAAGUACCAAUUACCAAACGAGGACCUUGACAACCUCAUCUCUGUCACCACUGAUGAAGACCUUGACAACAUGAUCGAAGAGUAUGAUCGUGUGGCUGCAGCAUCAGCAUCUACCCUGAAGCCUUCACCUUCAAGACUCAGGGUGUUCCUGUUCUUCUCCAAGCCAGAGACCACUGUUUCAAUGGGAUCACUCCUUGAUGAUGCGAAAUCUGAGACAUGGUUCGUGGAUGCGCUCAACAACUCGGGGAUGCUCACAAGGGGUGUGUCAGAUUCCGCAGCAGGAGAAACCAUUGUAAACCUUGAUGGUGUUGGCCCUGCUGUUUCAGCUAGUGGUUCAAGCAACAACUUGGAGGCUCAGGCUGCGGCAGUGGCAGAGUCUUUGGCUCUGACUGAUAAUAUCACUGGCAACAAUAACAACAAUAGCAACAAGGUGAAAAAUUUGCAGGAUGUUGCAGCUGUGAAUUCACUGCCUGGCUCACCUUCAUCAGCUUCUUCUCCUUCAAUGGCUAAUCUCCCACCCAUCCGGGUUCGUGUCGAUGACAAUGGUGCUAGUAGGCUUCAGCAGGAGCAAAGGGUUGGGGUGAUGGAGGAGCAGUUAGCACAGAUGACAAUUGGCGCAAGUGGUGUGAGGCGAGAUGAAGGGUUUGUUGUUGUUCCCUCUACUGUGGCUAUGCCUGCUGCAGUGCCUGCAACUAUGAGUUUGGCUGCAGCAGCAAUGGUUACUAGCAAUAGUAGUGAUAUCAUGAAUAGGCUUAUUAUCUCUGAGGAUGAGAGAUCAGAUCCUGGUGUUCCUCUUGGGUUUGGGAAGCCUCCUUUACCAUUGCAACUUGUGCAACCAAGGACUGGUGGUGGUGUGAGUUUACCUUCUCCAGAUUCAGUUGCAAGUGACAGUAGUAGCAUUGCAUCAACAAAUUCUUUCUCGAAGAAUGUGUACUAUCAAGAACAAGUCCAACCUUCACAUGUAGAUAACAAAGCUCCUACCAUAAGCAAUGCCAAGAUUGAAAUUAGAGAACAAAUUCAGGAUCCAAAUUACACAUUACCUCCACAAUUGGAUCAAAACCAGCAACUCCACCAGCAAUUUGUGCAAGCAAGCAGCCCCUACAUUCACCACCCUGCGGCCGCCACCAAUACAGUGCCAGUGUCAUCUUACUACCCAGUUUACGCACCGCCGCCACCGCUGCCAUCACAACCAACACUUCACCAGCAUCCAUUUCCCCAAACUCAACAACAGCAACAGUAUCAACCAGUUUAUGUUAUGCCUGUUGGACACACACAACAACCAUACAAUGUAACAUUGCAACACAACAUUGCUGAUCCUAACGUGGUAGCAUCAGGUAGACCACUAGUACCCCAGAGUAUUGCUGCUCCUGCAGUGUCAACAACAGCAUACAAAGAUGGCACAUUACCAAUUUACCCUCCUAGGCCAAAUACCCAACCACAAACUACUCAGGCAUUUAUUCAAAUACCUUCUAGUCACUUUCAGCAACAACCACAGUAUGUGGGUUUGACCCAAGUUCAGCACCAUCAACCACCACCACCACCACAGCACAUUGCUGUGGCUCCAUCUGGUAGUGGUGGAGGUGGUGGUGCUAAUUACGGCUAUGAAUAUGGUGGUGGCACUGUGCAAGAUCAAGCUGCAUACUACACACAACAGCAACAAGCUACUACAGCUCCAUUGACUUCUCAGUACCAAUCCAUGACUCCGGCGGCGGCAGCUGCGGCGCUAUCGGAUGUUUCGAAGCAAUUCCCCAAUGAAAGUCUUCAGCAGCCAAACAGAGCUACACAACCCGUAUAGAGAAAAAUGAACCAUUUCUGAAGGAAGCUUGUUGAGGGGGUUAAUUUGGUCUUUUUGCUUUCAUUUAUUAAUGAUGAAUGUAUGGCUAUUUCUUUUCUUGAGGGAAAAAAGAAUAAGUACCACAUAAUAGUGUCUUUCUUUUUUUAGGGUGUAAGGUGAAAAUUGGAUGAAAAUUUUUAUAAUGAAUUUCAUAGGGUUUACUCAUGAUAUUUAUUUUGUGAAAAUUUUCAUCCUUUUUUUUUUACCUUUCAACCAAAAAAACCCUUGACCUUAUAUAAUGUAACAUUUAA